AUGGAACGGAUAACAAGUGCGCAACCCCCUCCCUCAAUGCCAAAACACCCAUCGCUGGAUAUGUCUGACAUGGAAGGAAUUGAUUUUCCUCUUUAUGUGUACAAGUCAAGAAGAGGUAUAAAACGCGGAGAGGAGAACAAGGAUACAUACAAACUGCCACACCGUUUGAUUGAAAAGAAAAGACGUGACAGAAUUAAUGAGUGCAUCGCCCAACUUAAGGACCUGCUGCCAGAACAUCUAAAACUAACUACGCUGGGCCAUUUGGAGAAAGCCGUGGUGCUGGAGCUCACGCUGAAGCAUGUGAAAGCCCAAAGCAUCCUCCUUGAGCAGCAACAGCAGAAGAUCAUCAACCUGCAGAAAGACCUCCAAAUAGGAGACCAUGAAAGUGAUAGCUCUGUGGACAGUGAGGAAAUGUUCCGGUCCGGUUUCCACCUCUGCGCCAAAGAGGUUCUUCACUACUUGGCAAACCAAGAAAGCAGAGACCUGAGUGUUUCCCACGUUGUAAGCCAUAUCCACAAAGUCGCAGCAGAGGUCCUUCAUCACCAGGACAAAAUUCCUGCUGAAGAAGCACCAGCACUUCAGAUCGUAGAGAAGAAAGCUGCCAUCGCGUCCCCCCAACCUCAGGCUAAAAACUGUGUUCCCGUCAUUCAAAGGACUCACCCUUACGGCACAGGGGAGCUAAGCGGCAGCGACACAGACACAGACAGCGGCUAUGGAGGAGAGCAGGACAAACGGGACCAAUCCAACGAACGCAUCAAACAGGAGAGCACUGAACCUCCUGCAAAGAAAUCCAAACGUACAGAAGAAACCGCUGCUAGAGACGGCUAUCUUAACUUCUCUCCCAACCAGCCACCAUUUUGCAUGCCCUUCUACCUCAUCCCACCCACAGCAGCGGCCGCGGCGUCUGCGUAUCUGCCCAUGCUGGAUAAGUGCUGGUAUCCAGGCGGCAUGUCGGUUAUGUACCCAUGUGUGAGCAGCUUACCUCAGGAGACACUGUCCUCCUCAUCGCUUAUCAUGUCCCCCCGAUCGGGUUCACCACUGCACCAUCACACCUCCAUGGACUCUACUCUACAUAAAGCUUUAAAGCCCUCUGCGGAGACCAAAGACUAA